UUUAGUCGGGUAAUUUUCUCAAACACCAUCAAGACCUCAAACCAGAAACAUCCGAGAACGGACUGUCCGCCCGUAGUAGCAUUUGUUAAUAACGUGUGCGGCUAAGGUUUUCAUAUCGGGUUUUUUUUUUUUUUCAAUGGAUUUUUCUACGUAAUGUGCAGUGUAUGUUGGUUGAAUUAUUCAUGUACAUAAGCAGGUGAUCGAUUCGACCGUCCGUCCAGUGUUCGGUGUGCCUCGUUAACGUGGGCGAGAACGUCAGGUCUUUGGGAUUUCACGCAAGCCGACCGACAGUUUGAAAUCGCGAAAAAAGCGAGCGACGGUGGCAGGACAGUGUUGACCGUCGACGGUCGUCGACUUGUCGUUUUCCUCGUUUCGUUAAACAUGCCAGUUGAGUGUACAGUGUUCGAAAGACGGGGUCGUUGCAUCGACGACCAGUAGUGGGUCAUGGAUCUCACGGUUGCUACGAAAAGCGCGCUUCGCUAUGUGCGACGAUCGGAUGACGUAAAAGCUCGUCUGUAGAUCAGACAGGUGAAAAGUUUCUUCCGGAUCCCGGGGUGAGGACUUUCGAUCGGAGUGUUAUCAGUUUUCGAUUAGGACAACGGUGUGGUUACAGAAAUUUUUCGAGACAAGUUCAGAGAGCGCUCGUUUAAGGGGUGGACGAAUCGGAGCCAAUGGUAGCUUUCGAUCGACACGAUUCGUUCCAGGAUGUAGAACUAUCCAGUCAGCGUUCAUCCGGGUGCUGGAACCGAAUCGUCAUCAGAACCCGCGGGCAAACGAUGUCCUCGAGCUCGCCGGUCGUUCAGUAGAAAGAAAGGGGACUCUCUUUAUCGUUGGAUGAAGCUUUGGUAAAACGAGCGAUAUCCCGUAUCUCCGAAACCUGGCAGCGAUACCCGUACGAUGAUGCCGCUCGCCCCGACGCCGAUAGUCGCGGUGCCGUCAAAACCGAAAAUCGGCUUCAGCAUAGACUCCAUAGUGGGCGGAGGUCGCGACAACGAGCGUCUGAAUCGCUUGCACGAUGACCACCAUCACCACCGUCAUCAGCGCGUCGAACUGGACAGGGACGUCGGCAGUCCCAUGGAGGUCGAGGGCUCGGCGUCCCCCGUGCCCGUACGGCAAACCUCCAGACAAAUAUCCCUUCAAUCGCCCGGCGGACAUUCCGAGGGUUCCGACAGGCCCGUCUCCAGAAGUUCAUCCGUUGAAUCUUACCCUACGUCGCGUCACACGCCGUCGCACAACGGUCAUCCCUUGGGACUGACUCAUCAUUUGCAAGAAUUUAACAGGACAACCUCCCACAGUCACAGCGGGGGUUCGACACCGAACAACAGUCCGAGUCCGCCGCACCGAAUAUCGCGCGAUUCACCGGUCGGCGGACACCCCCAGCCGCCGCCGGGGGUCGUGAGACCGAGCCCGAACUAUCUGGGUCCGCCGCCGGGGGCGGCGGCGGCCGCUGUGGCCGCCGCGGAGCAGUUGAAAUCGCUGUACGGACUGCCGGGUGCCGGACACCCCGGAGGCCCGGGUGCCACGCAGGCCGGACAGAACGAGUAUCACUCGCAGCAACUGGCCUUGGCCGCAAAUUUGGCGGCCGCGCAGCAUUUUCAGGCGGCAAAUUUGGCCGUCGCCCUGCAGGCUCAUCACGGCGCCUCGCCGCACGGUCCGCCGCACGGACCCUACACCCAUCCGGGACCUCCGGGAGGACCCCAUCCGCCCCCGCAUCCCCAUCAACCUCCGAGAGACAGCUACCCCCUUUAUCCGUGGCUAUUGUCGAGGCACGGGAGAAUUUUUCCGCACAGGUUUCCCGGGGGACCAGAUAUCCCGGGUUUUCUCUUACAACCGUUCAGAAAACCGAAAAGGAUCAGAACGGCGUUCAGUCCCAGUCAACUUUUGAAACUGGAGCACGCUUUCGAAAAAAAUCACUACGUCGUUGGAGCCGAGAGGAAACAAUUGGCCCAAGCCUUGUCGCUGACGGAAACUCAGGUGAAGGUGUGGUUUCAGAACCGGAGAACGAAGCACAAGAGAAUGCAGCAGGAGGAGGAAGCUAAAGCGCAGCAACAAUCGGGCGGCGGUAACGGUAAUAACGGUGCGAAUAAAAACACCCAUCAUGUAAGUAAAUGGCAACAAGAGACCGGCGAUUACCACCAAGACGAGGACGAGCACAUCGACCCCGAAGCGGACGAAUGUUCAAGCGGUUCCGAAGCGUAGCUGGACAUUCUGCGUCUGGAUUAAACGAACGAUCCGGGGAAAUGAUGCGAAACUCGUUUUUUUUUUUCUCCGUCCGAAGCGAAAAUCUCUACACAAAAACGCCGCGCGAUCCGAUUCGGUUUUUCUGAAAUUUUUCUCCGUCAUUUUUCAACGACGAAGAAUCGAAAAGAAGAAGAAGGAGAGCGAACGUGAAUUAAUUAUUCGCGGUGUCGUCGAUAGUUCCUUAAAACAUCGUCGCGACGAUCGGCGCAAAUUGUUAAAAAUAAAAUCAUGAGCGUAAUUCCGUAGAGUGGAGGGACAAUUGGGGUGUGCAAAGGAAGAGGACGACGCCCUCCCGAAAAUAUCGGACAAACUUUUCCGACGUUUUUCAUCGUCCCGUGAGUAUAUAUAUAUAAUAUAUAUAUAUGAUAAAGAAUUAAAUGGUAAAAGAUGAACAACGCGAAGCUAAAUGAUCGCGUGUUUCCGCCGGAAAUGGUGACUCCCCGCGGACCAGAGACGAAAUAGUAUAAUGAUUAUACGUCCCUCGCGGAAAAGAUAUAAAAAGAAAAAAAAAAAAAAACAAAGUUUAAAAAUCUACGAUAUUAUCUGGUAUGCGGUCUCGAAUUUUUUUGCGUCCCAGGACGCGGGCUGCGUAAAAAAAAAUGUCGGCGAGGACCUCCGCGUCUUCGCGAUAACGAGACGAAAAAUGAAAAAAAAUUACGACGAAGUAUAAACUGUGAAAUGAAAAAAAAACAAAAAAAUGGACGAACAAUUUCGCGAUCCGAAAAUCGACCUCGUCGAUUCCGAUUUUGCGGUACGCCGUUUUAAAUUAUUAUUAAAUUAAUGAAUAAAUGAAUAUAAAUACCUAUUAAAUAUAUUAAACUGAAUAGUAGUCGUUUUAAAAUAUACACACAUAUUGAUACGAUAUCUUGCCAUGUUUUUUUCGCCAUAAUUUAAAAAUUUUCAAAACCAUCAAAAAAUGAAGGGAGAUCAUUUAACUCGUGAAACUUUUGACGAAAAUUGAAUCGAAUCGAAGAAGAAGCAAAAUAGAAAUCAAAAUUGCAAACGAAUACCCUGAUUUAAUUGAAUAUAUUUAAACGAUGCGUGGGUGUAUUAACGAUAUUAUUGUAAAUAGUUAUAAAUAUUACGAACACACGAAUCUAUACAUGAUAAAUAUAAAAAGAAAAGGAAAAAAACGAAACAAACAUAUUGAAUAUUAUAUGAACUGUGAGUGCCAAACUUAAUACUUUAAACCCAGUGUACCAGAUAUGUAUAAUUUAUAAGUUAAUUAUUGUUAAUUUAAAUUGUAACAGUAUUCUUUAAUGUUAUUAGUAUUAUUAUCAUUAUUAUGAUCAACAUCAAUAUUAUUUUUAUUUGUAUAUCAUUAUCAUUAUUAUUAUUAUUAUUAUUAUUCGAUGUCUGAGAUGUACUAAAUUAAAUUAUUAGAAAACGAUGAUCGUUCGAAAGCCAAAAAUAAUAUUGAUUGGGGAAUAUAUUAUAUUAGGUGUGCAGUAUAUAAGGUAUAUAUUGUGACUUUUUUCAUACAUAUGCACGACGUAUAUACAUUUACUUACGAGUAUACAGGGCAGUUUCCGGUCCACGAUUCACAUCGAAUAUAAGUGUACCUCGUUUAGGCCUAAUUUUGACCGAUUUUCGUUGUAAUUUUUCAUUCAUAGCAAAAUUCAUUCGUCAAUCAAUUUCAACCUCGUCGAUUGAUUAACGUCAGCGAUAUGUGAAUUGGUAAAAAUUUUUGCCAAAUUAUUAUUAAUGAAAUAGAAAAUCGCAACGUACGCUUCAAAUAUGGCCUAUAAUUAGCCGCAAUUAUAUACGGGACCGGUGAUUUCUCUGUAGCAAAAAAUACGCAGAUGUAUAUACGCGUAUUUGUAUGUGGUAUGUAUAUAUAUAUAUAAACUUAUAUAUGAGAAAUUAUAUGUAUAUAUAUAUAUCAUACAUAUGAAUAAUAUGUGUGUGUAAUGUAUGCUGAUUACGACCCUACGAUAUAAUAUAUCUAUAAAUAAUAUUUACAACUAUUCCGAUCUUUAUAUAUUGCGGUAAAUGAUAACGAAUAUAUAUAAUUUAUUGUAUAUAAUUUGUAAAUAAUAAAUGUGAUUUCACUCGACGUACGAAGUAUGUAUAUACAUGUAUAUGUAUACGUAUAUAUAUACAAAUACAAAUAAUAUUAAAAAUA